AUGAGUAACUUUUCAUCCACUUGGAGACAAUCAAGAGCUUGUGCAAGGUGUAGAAGAUUAAAAGUUAAAUGUUCAUUUGAAAAUCCCGAUCAUAAUUCAUGUCUUCGAUGUUUUAAUAGUAAUUUAAAUUGUUCAUUUGAUGAAGAUCCAACAGCAAAAUACGCAAGAAAGAAACCAAGAAGAACAAAACCAAACCCAAAAGGUGAACUCCAAAUAUUAUCAGAGAAACUCCUUAAACUAGCUGAAUCAACAUUAACAGAAGAGGACGAAAUUCAAACUAUUAACAAUUUAAAAGAAGUGUUGUAUAAAUUAGAACCACCAGUUCAACCAACUACAUAUCCGAACAUACCCUUCGAUAAAAACUUACUUAAACAGUUAAUUUACAAUUAUAAUUUCCUUUCAUUAUCGGAAGCAAAGCAUAGAUUCAAUGUAUUCAUUAAUGAAAUAUAUCCGUAUUAUCCAUUUAUAAUCCUAUCUGAAAAUCUCAAAUCAUUCAAUACAUUAUUUGACAAGUUUCCAUUAUUACUUAUUUCAAUCAUAUUGAUCACUGCUAUAAAUAAUCAAACAUCAACGAAUAAUCAUAAUUUAUACAACGUACUCAACCACUAUUUAUAUUCCUUUUUAGCUCAUCAUGUAUAUGUAAAAUGUUCAGAUUUUGAUAUUGAGUUGGUGUAUGUUUGUUUGAUGUUGAGUUUAUGGUGUUUACCCCCAAUUAAAAGAGGCCAAUAUAGAAAUCAAAUGAAUAGUCUUACUGGGUUAUCAAUUGCAUUAUGUAUUGGAUUAAACGAUAUGAGAAAAUUAACUGACGAUUUAGGAGAUAAUUCUGAGUCAAGGAAUCGUCUUCGUGCUUUUUUUAGUGUUUAUUCUUGUUCUGGAGGUUUAGAAUUAUCGUUGAGAAGGUUUAAAGUUGUAUCAUGGAGCAAAUCUCAUGAAAUUGCCUUAAAUAAAUUACUGGUGUUUCAAGAGGAUAGGUUUAUUUGCCUGUUGUCUAGAGUGGUGAAGAUCGGUCAAGAGACAUUAACUUUCCUAGAACAAUACAAAGGAGACAUCAAUCUUAAUUCAUUAACUUAUAUGAUGUCAAAUUAUGAAUCUGAAUUAUGUAAAAUUCUAUAUCAAAUGAAAUCAGAUAAAGAAGGAAUCAUAUUCAAAAUCCAUUAUGAUCAUACACUAGUAAUCAUCUAUGAAAACCUCAUCAGUCUUUAUCUCAACAAUUUAGAAAUCAGAAACGAUGAGAUAAUUUAUAAUUCAAACGAUAGAACCCUAAUUCUUCAAACAAUAAUUAAAUUAAUGACGAGCUGUGAGAAUCUAGUAGAUGAAUUCGUCAAACUCACUGAACUAAUGAAACUGUAUUUCCCAUCAAUGCUAUAUUACAAACCACUCCAUGGUCUAAUCCUAUUAGUCCGACUUAGACUAAUGUUAAAAUCUCAGAAUUUUAAAGAUCUUACUUGUGAUUUAGGUUAUCAUUUCGAUAAGAUCAAAAAGGUAGUUGAUGAAAAUAUUUUAAAUAGUGUAGUAUGUCAACAGAUGAUGAUACUAAUUAAUAAAAUUGAAAAAUGGAUUAAAUUUCUGGAUACAUAUGAUACUGAUAAUAAUAAAGAGGCAAUAAAGUUGAUAUUAAUGAAUAAAGAUCAAGAAAUUGAGAAUUUGGAUGUUCCUGAAGAUGAUAAUGAUGGAAUGGGAUUGACGUUGGAAAAGAUUUUUCAGGAGAUUGAUCUGGAUAUUCUUGCUUAUUUGAAUCCGUUGGAACUGAAUAUUGAUUUUGGGUUGUAG